CCCACCACCCGUGCUAGUGGUAGUGUAUCGGGUUCCCCUUCCUCCCUCCCAUCGCCCGCUCGCUCGCUUUCUGCCUUUCCCCCGCUCGCUCGGUGGCGGUGGCGGUGGUGGAGAAAGUUGAGGAGGGGGCCGGCCGGGUAGCCAGCGCACGGGGAAAAGGAGGGGCGGAGGGGGACGCACGCAAAGGCAGAUAUACUUUCUUUCCACCGCCGGCCUCCUCUCCCGGAGGAGUUCCGAUUCCCCCCUCUCUUUUUCUCUCUCUCUCUUUCUUGCUCUGCUCUCUCUCUUCUUUCUCUCUCUUCUUUCUCUCUCUCUUUCUUGCUCUGCUCUGAAAGUUGAUUGGCCGGUUCAUCUCCGGCGGCUCGAUUCGGGGGCCGGUCCGGCGAGUGAGUCGCCAUGGGGAACUGCUGGGGCGCCAAGAUCAGCUCCGACAGCUCCUCCUCCUCCCCUUCAGGGACAAAUUCCAAGUAUGCUAGUAGGAAUGGGGCGGCCUUGAGCAGCUCCAGCAGCUAUGCCUCCGCGGCGUCAGUGCCACGGAGCGAGGGGGAGAUUCUGGAGUCAGCGAAUGUCAAGGCCUUCUCUUUCAAUGAGCUGAGGACCGCCACGAGAAACUUCCGGCCAGACAGUGUGCUAGGAGAGGGAGGGUUCGGGUCAGUCUUCAAGGGGUGGAUCGAUGAGAAGACCCUCACCCCAACCAAGCCUGGCACCGGGAUGGUCAUUGCUGUGAAGAAGCUUAAUCAGGAAAGCUAUCAGGGCCAUAGGGAAUGGCUGGCUGAAGUGAAUUACCUCGGACAACUAUCACACCCGAAUCUUGUAAAGCUCGUUGGGUACUGUGUCGAAGACGAACAGCGGCUUCUCGUCUACGAGUUCAUGCCUCGUGGGAGUUUGGAGAAUCAUCUCUUUAGGAGGAGUACACAUUUCCAGCCGCUCUCCUGGAACCUUCGGAUGAAAAUUGCCCAUGGAGCAGCAAAAGGGCUCGCGUUUCUCCACAGUGACAAGGCCAAAGUCAUCUACCGCGAUUUCAAAACCUCUAAUAUCCUCCUAGAUGCGAACUAUGACGCGAAGCUCUCAGAUUUCGGCCUGGCGAAGGACGGACCGACCGGUGACAAGAGCCAUGUGUCCACAAGGGUGAUGGGGACAUAUGGGUAUGCUGCACCAGAAUACCUUGCAACAGGCCACCUGACCACGAAGAGCGACGUGUACAGCUUCGGCGUGGUCCUGCUGGAGAUGCUUUCGGGGCGGCGCGCGGUGGACAAGAACCGGCCGACCGGCGAGCACAACCUGGUGGAGUGGGCGCGGCCGUACCUGACGAGCAAGCGGCGCAUCUUCCGUGUCCUGGACCCCCGGCUGGGCGGGCAGUACUCCCUCGCCAAGGCCCAGAAGGCCGCGUCGCUGGCGCUGCAGUGCCUCUCGGUGGACUCGAGGAACAGGCCGAGCAUGGAGCAGGUCGUCGUGGCGCUGGAGCAGCUCCACGACGCCAAGGAGGGAGGGAACAGCCCUCGCCCGCAGCUGCAGAGAAAGCCGAGCAGCAACCGGGGCCUGAACGGCUCGAGAUUGUCGUCGACCAAGGGGAACAACAAGAAGCCCGCCUCACCGAGACCGGUUUGACCGGUCGAGUGGGAUCACACAGCAUAAUCUACUAGAGAGAUGCGUUGAGGUGUAAUGUAUGUAUGGUAUAAUAGGGUUUUAGAGUGGCGAUCUGCGAAGAGGCAGCGGAUUUGUGAAUGUUUUGUGCCUGUGUUGUAGGGAUGUAUCUUUGCAGCUUCUAGUGUUGGUGUGUACAGCUUGUAUCUAUCCGGUUGUAGCUAGUCUGUAUGUAGCUCUUUUUGUCAAUGCUUGGAUGCUUUGGUCUGAUUUAUGAGGUCCAGAGGUUUUGUUUA